AUGUCUGGAGACGACCAAGCCCCGUCGAACGAUGCCCAGCAGGCCAUCAAGGCUCUCGACGGCGGCUCCAUCCACAAGAUUACUUCUGGACAGGUUGUCGUCGAUAUUCAAACGGCGGUGAAGGAGCUUGUGGAGAACAGUCUUGAUGCGGGGGCCACAAGUAUCGAGGUCCGUUUCAAAGAAUACGGCCUGGAUUCGUUUGAAGUCAUAGAUAACGGUAGUGGAAUCCGCUCAGAUGACCACGAAUCCAUUGCACUCAAGCACCACACCUCCAAGCUCGCCUCCUUCACCGACCUCGAAAGUGUCGCCACCUUCGGUUUUCGCGGCGAGGCCCUCUCCUCCCUUUGCGCCCUCGCAGACGCCGUAUCCGUCACGACCGCGACCGCGGCAGACGUGCCCGUCGGCACCGUGCUCGAGUUCGAGCGUUCAGGCAAGCUCAAGGACAAGAAAGGCCGAGCGGCGCGCCAGCGCGGGACCACCGUCGUCGUCGCAGGCCUGUUCAAGCCUCUGCCAGUGCGGAGGAAGGAGCUGGAGAGGAACGCGAAGCGGGAGUACGCGAAGGCGCUUGCGCUGUUGCACUCGUAUGCGCUGGUGCCAUGCGCGAAGGAGAAUGCGGGAGUGCGGCUGACGGUGACGAACACUGUGAAUGGGUAUGUCAAGAGCGCGCAGCUGCGGACCGACGGGAGCGCCUCGAGGCGCGCAAGCGUGUCUUCGAUCUGGGGCCCGAAGACUCUCGAGAGCCUCGUUGAUCUUAAUCUCACCUUCGAUGUCGAGCCCGAGGCCGCGAUGUUGCGGAGGCUGGGGAAGUCGGCAGACGAAGAGAACGCCAACCAAGUCCACGUGCGCGGCUUGAUCUCGAAGUUCGUCGUCGGAAGUGGGCGGACAGGGACGGACCGGCAGUUCUUCUUCGUCAACGGACGGCCAUGCGCGCCGUCGAAGGUCCAGAAGGCCUUCAACGAAGUCUAUCGCACCUUCAAUGCCACGCAGUCCCCGUUCGUCAUCGCGGACUUUAUCUUGCCGGCCAACUCGUUGGACAUCAACGUCAGCCCAGACAAGCGCACCAUCCUGCUUCACAGCGAGAACAACCUCGUUCAGGCGCUUAAGAAUACCCUCGAGGAGACGUACGCACUCGCGCGAGCCACCUUCGAUGUCAGCGCGUCGCAGGCCCUGCCAAUUACACAGGCCCCCCGCAAACCCGAGCCCACCUCGCAGACACAAGCGCCGACCGACAAGACCCCGCUCUUCCUCCCAGUCGACACCACCGAUCCCCCAGCCUCAUCCCCCGCGCGCCCAGCAGGGCCCCAUGUCAAGGAAGAAGACGAGGAGGCCUCGAUCGCUUUCGGUGAACCCACUUUGCUUCUAUCGGAAGCGGAGGAGACGUCUACGACCGGUCGGGCUUCUAGCGUCAGGGGCGGGGUCGGGGUCGGGGGCGUCUCUGUCCGGAGAAACAGCGAGCUUGAGUCUGCCGAGAACGGGGUAGGCGGCCCCGAGGAGGGUCCGGGCGAUCUGCGGGGCUGCAGCGACAAAAACUCUCUUCGAGGGCCGGCGGAGGCGGACGAAGAGACUGAGGAGGAUGAAGCGCCGGUCGGGGCGAAGACGAAGACGAGGGGCAAGAGCCGUCCAACAUCGGUCGUCCCAGCGGCGAAGAAGGCGACUCUGCCUGCUCCCACCCCCAAAUCUGGCACGAUGCGUCCUCUGUCCCGGGACAGUGACCUUGACGACGAGCCCGUACCUGCUGUGCGGCGCCCUGCUGUCGCCCGUUCUGCGCAGGUAUCCGGCGCUGGAGGCGAGCAGAUGGUCCUGAGCACCAUGGGAACGUCGUGGAGCCUGCGGAGGCGGUCAGAUGAACUGGUUGCGGAGCGCCCGCGGAAAAAGACGAAGCUGGGUGGAGAGGGGGGGAGGGAAGCACGGCUGGGUCUACGAUCCACGUUAAGGGACUACGCGGCGCUGGGGAGUCAGCCGCGCGUGGAGGACGUGGAGAUGGAGGAGGGGGAGGAGGAGGAGGAGGAGGCGGGCGAGGAGCACACAGAGGAAGAAGAUACGCGAGGCCAGGAAGCAGAAAGUCCUCACGAAGAACCGCAGUCCCUGGGACUGUCCCCGGAAGACGACGACGUCGGUUCCGAGCCCCUAGAGGACAUCGUGGGGGAACCCCCGGAUACGGAGCCAAGCGAGUUCGAUGAGCCGAUGGAGCAGGACGGGCCCCCGGGCGCGGAGGAUAUCGUCACCCAUUCAGAGAACGAGGCGGACGAGAACGUGCGGCCCACGCACUCCAACAUCACGCAGAACCACCCCCGCCCAGCGUUCUCAGGCAUUGAUGACGAAGUCGUGCGCACCGACGAUCGCCAGGAUAUGACCCUCACGUUCAACGCGGCGCGGGUCGUGGACUUGUGGAACACACUCCAGGCGCGACUUGCCGACGCCGCUUAUGGGGGUAUGGCUACCGCUGCGGACGGGGACGGUGAAGGUGGUGCAGCUGGGCCUGUGGCCGACGACGACGAGGCGACGCAGACACUGUCGCGGGUGAUCGACAAGGCGGACUUUGCGGAGAUGGAGAUCGCAGGCCAGUUUAAUCUGGGGUUCGUCAUCGUCCGCCGGCGCAAGCCUCGCACCCCGGACGACGAUUCCUCUGCCACAGAUGUGGGUAUGGACGACCUCUUUAUCGUCGACCAGCACGCGGCGGACGAGAAGUACAACUUCGAGACCUUGCAGAGGACGACUAAGAUCGACUCGCAGAAGCUCUUCGCCCCUCAGGUGCUGGAGCUCACGGCAGCCGACGAGGUCGUGGCGCUUGAGAACAUCGACGUGCUCCGGCAGAACGGAUUCGAGCUCGAUGUCUCCGAAGACCGCCCCGCAGGACAGCGCAUGCACUUGACUGCGCAGCCGAUGAGUAAAGGGACAACGUUUGACAUGAAAGAUCUCGAAGAACUGCUCCACCUCAUGCACGAUCGCCCCGCAGGGCAGAUGGUCCGGUGCUCCAAAGCCCGCGCCAUGUUCGCCAUGCGUGCCUGCAGGAAGAGCGUAAUGAUUGGGACCGCGCUUAGUCGGCGACAGAUGACGUCCGUCGUCCAGCACAUGGGCACGAUGGACCAGCCGUGGCACUGUCCCCAUGGCCGACCCACGAUGCGUCACCUCUCGGACAUACGCGGCCUUGGAUGGGAUCGUCGUGCGCCGUCGGGACGGACAGUCGACUGGGCAGCAUUCGGCCGUACCCUCGCCGCCGCUUCGGACGCUUGA